UUAUGUAUUCAGCCAAUAGAGAGUGGAGAUGGCAGACUGCAGACCACGUUAGAGUGGUUUUAACAGCGGCUGUGUGCGUUUUAUGUUCGGUGUUUGGUUAGCGUAAGCCUUGGCUAUGGCUGCAGAUGAUAGACUUAGAGUAAUCGCUCGUCAUCUUGGUGCGGGGAAAAAGAAUGUUUUUCAAAUGUCGGCAGCAAUGCAUUUAUGUUCUUCUGAAAACCAGUCCUUUGAACCUGUUCGUGGGCGCGUAGCAGUUCCGACUGGGCCACAAAGCGACGCUAGAAAGCAAAGAAGUAAAACUGUUGAUAGUGUUGUUCCUAAGAACAGGCAAGAGUUGCUAAAAUGGAAUGGUUGGGGGUACAAGGAUUCAAAGUUUGUCGUGGAGAACAGAAUUAUUUCCUUCACAGGAAAUCGGUAUGCCAUUGGCGAACUCUCUCUUCCCUUUUUCACAAAGUGGGUUUUGGAUAAAUUUGAUAUUGAUUGGGAUUCUGCAAGAAGUUCUCAGCCAAUGCCUAAAGACGACAAUUUACCAUCGCCCAUUGUCGAUGCAGAAUUUCUAGAUGAGUUGCGUCUCCUGCAGAUGUCUUUUUCUCUUGAUGGCGUCGAUCGCUUGAUACGGUCACAUGGACACACCCUGCACGACAUCUUUAUGUUGAGAGAAGGAGCGUUUGAACGGAUCGCGGACAUAGUGGCUUGGCCAGAAUGUCACGAUGACAUUGUAAAGUUGGUACAGCUUGCACAGAAACAUGACGUUGUCAUCAUCCCUUUUAUGGCCUUGGAUACUUCACAGAUGAAUCGUAUUUUGUGGCUGGAUCGAGAAAACUUGGUCGCGUGCUGCGAGGCUGGGAUUAUUGGCCAGGACUUGGAACGAGAGCUGCAUCAGCAAGGAUUCACUUCUGGACAUGAACCCGACUCAUAUGAAUUUUCAAGCUUGGGCGGCUGGGUCGCCACACGGGCGUCAGGGAUGAAGAAGAAUAUGUAUGGCAACAUUGAGGAUCUUCUUGUACACGUGCGCAUGGUAACUCCUACUGGGGUGUUGGAGAAGAGUUGCCAAGUGCCCAGAAUGUCGUGCGGUCCUGAUUUUAAUCACGUAGUCCUCGGAUCAGAAGGGACCCUGGGAGUGAUUACAGAAGUGAUAAUCAAGGUGCGUCCAUUGCCGAAGUGCAAGAAGUUUGGUUCUAUCGCGUUUCCAAACUUUGAGUCAGGGUUCCUGACCAUGCGUGAGGUUGCAAAGCAGAGAUGCCAACCGGCAUCCAUAAGGCUCAUGGACAAUGAGCAGUUCAAGUUUGGACAGUCACUGCGACCCGAAGCGGGGUACUUUGGCCUCUUACUGGAUGGCCUGAAGAAGAUGUACAUUACCAAGAUAAAGGGAUUUGACGUGGACCAGAUGUGUGUCACCACUUUAGUGUUUGAAGGUGACCCUAAUGACGUUGAAGUUCAAGAAAAGAAGAUUUACGGAAUUGCGGCUAAGUAUGGUGGAAUUCCAGCCGGAGAAGUAAAUGGAGAACGGGGCUACAUGCUUACUUUUGUGAUUGCUUACAUUCGUGACCUGGCCUUGGAGUAUAAUAUCGUUGCAGAAUCAUUCGAAACCUCCGUUUCAUGGGAUCGUACUCUGUCCUUGUGUAACAACGUUAAACGUCGGUUAACAAGUGAAUGCAAAGCUGCCGGCAUCCAGCACCACCUGAUCUCUUGUCGCGUCACUCAGACGUACGACGUGGGCAGUUGCGUGUAUUUCUAUUUUGGAUUCAAGUGGAAUGGCGUUGGCAACCCGCUCGAUACUUAUGAACGUCUGGAGCAGAUAGCUCGAGAUGAGAUUUUGGCUUCGGGAGGUAGUCUCUCACACCAUCACGGCGUUGGCAAAUUGCGAUCAAAAUGGUUCCCGUCUCAGGUGUCAAAGCUAGGGGUCGACCUGUACCAAGCCACAAAAAGGCAGCUUGAUCCUAGAAACAUUUUUGCAAGUGGAAAUAUAAGUAAACUACAUUCAUGAUUUUCCAGAGACGUAACUUACGACGGUACAGAAUUUUUUGGCUAGUCAUUAAUUGAGAAGUAAAAUGAAAAUAAAAAAUAGAAAGGCGUGAAAUAACUGAACUGUGUUAAUUGUAAAAAAACUCUUAUUUUUGCAUUUCAUUUGUUUCUUUGUGAAUCAUGAUGUAUCAUGUUAUCAUGUUGCUUUGCGUAGUUCAGGCAGGAUUGAUUGUGACAGGUAGAAAGGAAUUAAGUAAGUGUUCAAAAUGGCUGUCUUCUGAGAUGUUCUCGUAGACACCGAUCAAUUUCUACCAGAGUACGUGGCGCGUCAUCCCGGAAGACGGCCGUCACUGCGAUGAGAACGCGAGGGCCCAGUCUUGUUGGUCUGCAUGGUGCUGCCACCCAGUUUGAAGAAUCUUAACUGCAAUGUUGUUUAAUGUCCGAUGUUUUGAGUACGAUUUUGACGCUUGUGGCAAUAUUUCUCAAUUUUGAGAAAACAUGUUUUAGUAUUGAGAAUUUGGUUGUUUGUUGGUUUUUUUUGUUUGUUUGUUUGUUUGUUUGCAUGACACUCACGUGAGUUUAGAUUUUCGCUGUACGAUUAUGUUCAUUUAGGAAAGCGGUGAAAAUGUAAUACGCAGCAAAAGAGUUAAGGAACGAGGUGUGAGUGAAUAGAAGGAUGACGCUGCAGUCAGUUUCAGGGGUAACGGAGUGAGAUUAGUCACUUCUGAUUUUAUAAAUCACCUUUACGUAGCUGAAAGGAAAGAAUUUUGAUUGCUAUAAGUACGUGAUUUCAGGGUUGAUGAAAUAUCAAGGUAAGUGUGCAUUUAGGUUGUACGUUCUGAACGUCUGCUGCUUUGGAAUGUGGGACGUGUCACGACUUGUCCGUCUAGAAGGAAUGGAAGCUGACGGACUUCAAUGGAGCAUGUUAGCGCUUAGACAAGUGAGCAAGAACCAAGGUCGGACAUGAAACGUUACUGAGAACGCUGGAUUGUUGUAGACAAAUUGCUUGUUGGGGAACCCAGUGCAGAUGAACUUGAUUGCUUUGUACUGUGCACAUGUUCCACUAGCAUCUGUGCAGUUUGUGCACGUUUUGUAUCUCCACACCCAGAUUGUGUUGCCGUGGCACGUAGCUAGCUGUGAGGACUGCGUAUUCUGUACUGUGUUCAUGGAAGCCAUUGUAAUAUUUUGUGUUAUUUUUUUAAUGAAAGUCUUCUUUUAAAGUGCCUUAUGUUUUAAUUGCUUUAAAUUUGUAACAUGUGCAAAAGUUUUGGGUUAUAGAGCUUUAUAAGGGGCUAGUGUUCGUGUGUGAUGGGUUUAUGGCUUAUUUUUAAGUCCAGUGUUUUAUAUGAAGUACCGUACAGAAUGUGGUGCCAUUAUGUAAUGGUUGUAUCCUAAAAUAAUGGUGUUACUUGGUAAUAAUACAACAUACUUGUGUGGUUCAUGAGUGAAGCUUAACUAA